AUGGCUGUGGAGGCGCAGCUCUCGGGCACUCUUGUGGGAUACGACUUGGGAUUUUACACAGAGACUUUCAUGAAUACCAAUGACUGGCGCAGUCGACAGGAUCUUUUCCCGGUCGGAGAUCUGCUCUUCACUGUGAUCUUUGCCCUGGAUGUUAUUGUUCGAAUUAUUGUUCUUCGCUGUGCUUUCUGGACGGUCAAAAUGAACUAUCUCGACGUGGUGGUGACCGUCAUCUCUGUCGUCGAAGUGGUCGUUGUAUACUCGUCCCCAACACUGCUUGAGGAUGUGAAUGUCAACCCAGUUCUCUUUCGGCUCCUUCGCCUCGGCAAGCUCGCGAGGGCGGUGCGGAUGGUGACGAUGAACAGCGUGCUCAAUUCCUUGCAGAUCUUGACCAGGUGCUUGGCCUCAAGUGCCACAAUGCUCUUUUGGAGCUUUUGCCUGCUGACUUUCUUCCAGUGUGUUUUUGGCAUGGUGGCCAGCACACUCUGCCGAGAUUUCAUCACCGAUGAGACGCAGAAUCUCCACUAUCGAGAAGAGGUCUUCCUCUACUUCGGGACCUUCACACGGACCUUUCUCACAAUGUUCGAAAUCCUCUUCGCAAAUUGGGCAGUGCCCUGCCGCCUUCUGAUGGAGAACAUCAGUGAGUGGUUCUCGACGCCCGGAUAA